AUGAAGAUACGGAUUUUCUCCUGUAGAAGAUUCAACAACUGGAAUGUCAACUUAAACAUGAAAGGCUUCCGGCCGCUCGACUUUGGCGCACGGGACAAUUCUACCCAAGUGGAUGCUCAUCCCAAAUUCCCUUCCGCUGUCAUUUUGGGCGCGGAGGAUUUCGCGCCCUUAAGACGUGGUGUUCUUGAUCUCCGUGGACAGACCCCGAAAAUUGUUCUGGACGCCCUUGAAAUUGAAGAUGGAAUCCAACAACUUUGUGACACCUACUUCGUAAGCAUUCACAGGUGGCUUCCGAUACUCAGCAAGAAACGCCUCACACAAAACCUACAUGAUUCUCCGAUAGAAGUCAACCCCGUCGUUGCCUUGCUCUUGAUAUGCAUGAAAGCGGUCAUGCAGCGUCCUGAAGGCGAUAAUCUUCAAACACCACUCUAUCGGAUUGCCAAAGACUUUCUUUCGUACACGGAGGACUCUGGGUCAAUAUCCCUCCCAAUUUUGCAGGCAGCUAUCCUGGUUUCGGUCUAUGAGAUAUCACACGGCAUUCAUCCCGCUGGCUUUCUGAGUGUCAGCCACACUUGUCAACUUGGGACCAUCAUGGGACUUCAUAACCGACAGCACGCCAUGCGACUUUUUAAAGAAUCUGAUACGUGGACUUUACGUGAGGAGGAACGGAGAACUUGGUGGGCGGUUCUACUUCUCGAUCGAUACGUUCACUCGGGGACCAAUGGGUUUCCCUUGUUCACAUGCGAACCACUUCAAAGUGACCUGCUGCCAUGUGAUGCUGAAAGUUGGGAUGAAGGUCUCAUAGGAUCGAAUGAACCUCUCUAUGCUUCUAACCCCGUUGCAUCAGUCCCCGGAGACCAGUUUGCCACAGUCUGUCGAGCAGCCCAUAUCCUAGGACGUGUCCUUCGGCAUAGAGAUGACUAUAUACUGGGGGUUUCCGACAAACUUUUGGAGGCUGGUCAGCUUCACAGAGCUCUACUCUCUUUCGAGGCAAGUUUCAUUGAUCACACACCUACCGAUGGAUCCAAGCAAAGUCAUCUCUCUCGCGCCAUCUGUUACAGUGCUCGACUUAUCCUUUUCGGAAUUUACGCGUGUAACGAGCGAUAUGGUGAUUACAGAUUGGGUCAGGAGACCGACAUGCAGAAGACUGCACUUGGAGGACUGGCAACCGUGACGCUCGCCGUCUCUAAAAUGGCGCAACAACUUCAACAUGACAUAUCUGUGAACCUGGAGGCCGUCAGCCCUUUAUCGCUUCAUUGUAUAUAUCUGGCUCUCGGCGAGUGUGCCUGGUUCGUUCGAGAGGACAGAAGUGAUGAAAUGAAAGAGGCAAUGGAUCUUCUUUUGUAUGUUUUGAGAUCUGUAGGACCGAGAUGGAGAGUAUGCGCAGAUGAAUAUCUCAGACUUUUUGAAGCCGGGGAUGGAUCCGAUUGA